AUGGGCUGUGACGCUCCUCAGCUUUUGGGCGCGUCACCCACCGCUCCGCCGGCAACCCCUGCCUACGACAAGUCACCGCAUGUGCAGAUGCAGAAAUCUGUGGCCAUGAGCGGGUCUAUCAAUCGUCUGUCGUCUACAAUGGCCAGUGGUGCACCCAUCGCCUUCGCCUGGUACUUCCGCAAGCUCAUGGAUCAUCAUAGGGUGGCAGAGCGGAAUCAAACAGCAAUGGCGAUGACGAGUCACACUCUGGGUAGUGCAAUCGUUGUCGUCCACCCUUCAAGGCAAGAUCCGUUUUGGCGCAAACCCAAUGACUGGGAUUGGAGCCGGGGUCAGCGGGGUGUCAACCAACUGGCUGCCUCCAUUAGCGACGAGUGCAGGGGGGUAUUUAGAUGCUUGGCGCACAUCAUGUAUUCGAUUGGCCAGCCGGGGAGAGCUUCAAGUAUGAUUAGCGCCGGAUGAGGAAUAGCGAUGGCUUUCAAUCUGCCUUUGCAAUUGAGGAUGCCCCGAUGCAGCGACGCGCGGAACCAUGGCCUCGAGGCAUUCUCCCC